CAAUGAGCGAAUUUGCUUGGCAGAGACGCGGCAAUGCAGCACGAGUCACACGUUGCUGCGCACGCCGUAAAGGGGGCAAAGGUGCAGUGUUCUUGGCAUCAAGCGGUGCUGCAGUCUCCUGCCUACCUCAUCGGACCGGGAAAUCCUCAGGGAAACUUUGUGCUGGAAGUGCAUGAGCGCUGUGAUGCCAGCAAGGGGAGAGAGUGGGCCGGUGCUAACCCGCGUAAGCACCCUUAGUCUUGUCCGGCAUCAACACUACCUCGUCCUCGUCUUCUCGCUUGCCUUGCUUCCUCCAUCUCUUCAUCCUCCAUCUCCAGCCUCACCAUCAUCCCCCAGCACCCCCAGACCUCAUACCCCUCCCUCCUUCACUGCUGUGCAGAUACGCAGUGUGCUGAUGACCCCCAAACAUUGCUCCUGCUCUCAGUCUGAUCCUCUUUCUCGACGAAGGACGCAUCAUUCUCCGUACUCCCAUCUCUGUCCCCCUCCCCCUUUCCUCUCUGGAUCCUUCCUUGCAACUUGCAUCGCUCCAGACUCGUUCGCCACUUGCCAGCAAAACCCACGCAACUCUUUGGCCAGCCCAAACAACACCACGCUUGUAGCAUUUUUAUCUCUCCCUCCCUUUCUUCCUCUCUCUGGCGGACAGCACGUCUUUUCGGCUACUAUGAAGUCGAACUUUGCCCUCUGCGCCUUUACAGCGCUCUUCAGCCUCAUCGCGACCCCCGCCUCGGUCGCCGCGCACGGCUCGCACAACGACAUUUCCGGCCUCGCUGUCAGGCACCACGGUCACCACGCCAAGCGCAUCGCCAAGCAGCUCAUACACUCCAGGCGCAACGAGACCGACUCUGCCUCCAGCUCUGACGGUAUCCAGUCGGACCACAACGUUUGGAAGGGCGUCGCUGCUUCCGGCUCGGACAAGUCAUCGCCCACCAACAAUGUCAACAGCAACAACAGCGAUAACAGCAACAGCAAUUACAACGACAAUAAAGACGAUGACAACAACCCCACCCCUUCAUCUCCCAGCAAGUGGCACACACCUGCCUCUUUCUCGUACCACACCGGCAGCGGGUCUGCUCCCAGCUCUCAAAGCCAGACCAAGGCUGACAGCAGCGAUGGCCAUACAUCGUUCUCCUCGCACGGCAAGGUCAUCGUCACGCAUGAGAAGCCCAAGCCGUACACGCCGAGCAAGGACAACUACGAUGACAGUGACGACGACAAUGAUGACAUCUCUUCAUCUUCGUCGCACCAUAAUCCGACCGGCACUUGGAAGUUGCUCAGCCCGGCCGCGACUAACGGACAGCACAUUGGCACACCCAAGAACGGCAUGACCCACACGGUCAGCAAUCACGGUGGCAACAACACGCACAUCACGCUGCACAACGGCACCAGCUCGGUGAACGGCACGGCACACAAGGGUACCACGCUGAACAAUGCCACCGCCAUGUCACCGUUCAACAAGUCUGAUGGCAAGUUCAACGCCUCGCUGCUGUACGCCGGUGACGUCUUUGCCAACGCGAAGUACCUCGGCAACGGCACGUUUGCGUGCAAGAUCAUGCAGAGCACCAAGGUCGACGGCGCGAUCUACCGCAACGUCACAUACACGCCUAAGGAGAUGAGUGCUUGGACCAAGAAGCAGGGCGUUGAUGUCUGCCACAAGAAGCCUGUCGCCACGAGCUCCAGCUCGCACCACAGCACGGCCAAGGCGACGUACAGUGGCAGCGCUGCGUCCGCCAAGGCCACGCACAAGGCAAGCAACGCCGUUGCGUCGUCACCUUCGUAUGACUCGGUCAACAGCGGCGGUAGCUCCGGUGUCUGGAGUGGCAGCGGCGGCUCGGACGGCUCAUCUGGUGACGAGGUCGACUGUGACGAAGAGGAUGACAACGGUGACGAUGGGGGGGAUGACAAUAACAGCAACGUCAGCAAGCCUUCGUCAGCUGCGUCCAAGGCCACGUCGAACGUACACGCUGCUGCUACCGCGAGCAGUAGUAGCAGCAACAGCAAAAGUUCGUCUGUGUCCACCUCCAGUUCAUCGUCCUCGAGCUCGGGCUCGUUGGGCCAGUGGAUUUCGAACGCGUUCGCGACUUACUACUUGCAGAACAACAAUGCUGGCUCGUGUGGCAAGGUACACUCGGACUCGGACCGGAUCGUGGCGCUGACGCCGACAUACAACGGCAACAACCAGGCAUGCGGCAAGCAGGUGCGUAUCUGCGUCGCGAACAACAAGAGCAAGUGCGUCACCGCGACCGUCGCGGACCUCUGCCCGACGUGCAUCACACCCAACUCUAUCGACCUCAGCAGGGGCACCUUCCAGGCGCUCGAGUCCAACUUGGGCGUCGGCCAGUUUGCCAUCACGUGGGCCUUUUCCAACUGAUCUCGCCGUCUGCUGGAAGCAGUGGCGGGGGCUGCACUGUCUUGUAUUGACCUGGCGCCUGCAUCGACAGUGAUAUCAUCUCAGCUGGGCCGGCUGCCGGUCGUAAGGAUCA